GUGGAGGGGGGGCUGGCAGGGCUGGGCUCCAAGGUCCACCGGGCAGUAGACGUUUCUUAGGACAGGCGGCUGCCUUUGUCCGGGUUGGGCGUCUUGGCUCAUAUCCUUGGAGAGUGGGUCCCUGACACCGGGGCACAGAGAAACACAGAGGCAGCCUGGGUCCCUCCUUCUGGAGUGGUCCGUGGGCCUCCCUGACCUCCCCAGCACCCCAGUCCAGAUGAGAAGGCUGCUUUCUUUCUGCCACCCCAGCGGGAAGCAGGCCUGAGGUUUUGCCUAUGGCGUCUUGAGCAGAAGGUUGUGCAGAAGCAGGUAGAUGGGAGGGAGACCCACCAGCCAGUAGGCCGCAGCCCAGAGGGAUGAGCCGCAGGUGACCCUGGGCCCUCCUCAUCCUGUGGUCCAGGAGCUGAGGAGCCCAGGCUUCUCUCGCUGGCUGGGGGAGGAAGGUGAGGGACUCCAGCAGCAGCGAGCUCAACCUCCCCAGAUUGCAGGGAUGGGGUGGGCUGGAGGGGAGCAGCUGGUGGGACACUCCCAGAGGUCCCAUGUAAACCCCAGGUGUCUGCAGAGCUGCCCUCGACCCCCUCACCAGGUCCCUGGCCAUCACAGGGUGUGGACUCUUGCAGAUUGGUGCUGCUGGGGAGGGCAGUGGUCCACCACUGUGACUCUUGGGACCCUCAGGGCUGGGCGCCAGGGUGUCUGAGCGCUGGGGGUUGUGGUGCUGGCCUCAGGUACUGGGGGCGGAGCUGUCAUCGGCUCCUGCUGUUUGGGAGUUCCGGGGAGGAGGGGGGAGCGUGUCAGGGAGCAGAGUCCUGCCUGCCCCAGACCUACUGACAGACAGGCUCUCACGCAACUCUCAGAAGCACCGCCUCGGGCUUCAGAAACUGUGGGAGUCCAGGAAGUAGAAAUGUAGAAGCCGGUGUGCUCUGGAGUCUGAGAGUUCUGCGCCGAGAUUCGGGAUUUCGGGGGCACCAGGUGCAACGUCCCGUCCAUUUCCUGGCAGCAUGGCGCUCUCUGGCCCGGAGGUGGAGAAGCAGGCGCCGGAGGAGCCCCAGCCCGGCCGUGAGCAGCAGUCCUGGUGGUGCCUGGUGUCCUUCCUCUGCUUCUACGGCUUCAUGGCCCAGAUGCGGCCUGGGGAGAGCUUCAUCACGCCUUACCUCCUGGGCCCCGACAAGAACUUCACGCAGACACAGGUCACCAACGAGAUCACGCCGGUGCUGUCCUACUCGAACCUGGCCGUGCUGGUGCCCAUCUUCUUGCUGACCGACUACCUCUGCUACAAGCCGGUGCUGCUGCUGCAGGGCCUGAGCUACGUGUCUGUGUGGCUCCUGCUGCUGUUUGGCUCGACGGUGUUGCACAUGCAGUUCAUGGAGUUCUUCUUCAGCAUCACCAUGGCUGCCCGCAUCGCCUACUCCUCCUACAUCUUCUCGCUGGUGCCCCCUGCCCGCUACCAGCAAAUGGCCAGCUACUCGCGGGCCUCGGUGCUGCUGGGCGUCUUCACCAGCUCGGUGCUGGGCCAGCUGCUGGUCACCAUGGGCAGGGUCCCCUUCUCCACGCUCAACUACAUCUCGCUGGCCUUCCUCACCUUCAGCCUAGUGCUGGCGCUCUUCCUGAAGCGCCCCAAGCGCAGCCUCUUCUUCAACCGCGGAGCGCCCGUGCGUGCCGGGGCGGCGCCCUCCGAGCUGGACCAGAUGAACCCGGGCCAGGCGCAGGCCGCGGGCGCGAAGCGGGGCUGGCCGCCGGCCGCCUGGCGGGACUCGACGUUCGUUCGCAUGCUCGGAGAGCUGGGCCGCGUGGUGCAGCUGCCGCAGCUGCGCCUCUGGUCUCUCUGGUGGGUCUUCAACUCCGCAGGCUACUACCUGAUCGUCUACUACGUGCACAUCCUGUGGAAAGUGGUCAACCCCACCACGGACACCACCAGGGUCUACAACGGCGGGGCGGACGCCGCCUCCACGCUGCUAGGUGCCCUCACCUCCUUCGCCGCGGGCUUCGUGAAGAUCCGCUGGGUGCUGUGGGCCAGGCUGGUCAUCGCGGUGGUGACGCUGCUGCAGGCGGGGCUGGUGUUCCUCAUGUACAAGACCGACAACAUUUGGUUGUGCUACGUGGCCUUCGUGCUCUUCCGCGGCUCCUACCAGUUCCUGGUACCCAUCGCCACUUUUCAGAUCGCGGCUUCUCUUUCUCAAGAGCUCCGCGCCCUGGUCUUUGGCAUCAACACAUUCCUCGCCACCGUUCUCAAGACCAUCAUCACCCUCAUCGUCUCCGACAAGCGAGGCCUGGGCCUCCCGGUCCACUCUCAGGCCUUCCUGCAAUGGGUCCUGCUCAUGGGACAGCUCUCUGUGGGGGCAGACGAGAGCGGAGCUCCAGGGUUGACUGACCUUGGUGCCUGUCAGCCCCUUUCCCGACCCCUCCCUCCAUCCAGUCCUCUGUCUCCCGAGAAGAACAUGAGACCUGGGACACGCUCAGGCUGGACUCCCGGUGCCUCGGCCAGGGCAGGACCUCUGAUUCCUCAUCUACUUCGUCUACUUCCUGCUGCUCUUCGCCGCCUACUUCCUUGCCGCCGUGCUGGUGGGCCUGCGCCACUUCGAACAGAGCCGCCACCAGCCCCUGCCGCCUGCCCAGGAGCUGGUGAGUCCCGUGCAAGAGAAGGUCACGCAGGACGGAGCCCCGCUCCCAGCCCCAGAGGAUGGUGUGCUUGCCGUGUGAGGCCAAGGUGUGACCUCAGCUGACCUGCUGUCCCGCCCGGGGGACAGUCAGAUUCCUGACGCCGCAGGGAGCAAGCCAGGCCUCUACCUCAGAGCUCCCUGUCUUCUCUGUGUCAGCAGCCAGGUCUCUGGCAUCAUGUCCACAUCAUCACCUUGUGGCAACUGUGACUGAGGCCCUGGUGGUCUGUCCUUGGGACCCACGGUCCGAGGGCCACUUGCCUCCACGAGGGGUCCUUGACUUGCAUUAUGGCACCCAGAGCACAGCCCCUCUUGGCCCUGCUUCAUGCCCUGGCUGUGACCCCCCAGCCUGCAGGGCACCCUGGCUACUGGGGGCUGGUUUGCUGUCCCUGCCUACACAGGGCCAGUGGUGGGGCCUAGGUACCCACCAGGCCUCCCUGCUUUCUCCUCCUUGGGGGGCAAGUCCCACUUGUUCCAGGGAACCAGCAAAGUGGUCCCAGAUGCCAGUCUAGGGGACCCGGCCCCCACGGGAUAUGCUGGGCUGUGGGGGCGUGUUCCUGGGCCCGUGGCUAAACUGUGACAUUUGCAGUUGUCCAGGUGAUUGUAUUUUCAGUGAUGCUCUGUACCUUUUUUAAAAAAUGGACAUAAGUGCAAA